CCCCGCAUGUCUACUGAACUCCUGUCCAUACAGCACCCGACGCCGCACUACGCUACUUUUACUACUAUACUGUACUAGAUUAUACACUACUGUACUGUGCUAGGCACUCUGAACCUUACUACUAAAACUUGGCUUUUGGUGCUUCCGCAGUCAAUUGCAUGCUGGCCGCGCUUAAUCGAUAUUUCGUCAGUCUCGGCCACAGACCCUCAAUUUUCUCCACUGUAAAUACGUACCUUGAACAACAACAAUCGUGAAGCAACAACCACGUGUGAAGGAAGGGCAAUCAAUUCGGGCGAAUGGGAUUGGUGAGAGGAAAGAGAGCAACGCCCGCUAUCGAACCCACGCUGUUCAAGCUUCUGGCUUCGACGAUGACGAUUCGGUCACACAAUCCAAGAUACAAUGUCUCUCCAGGAGGGACUCGUCCAGCGGUGGUUAGCCUGGCCAAGGUCCUAUUCCUCGCGGCUUCCCAGAUGUCAGUUGCAGGUGCAGCGCCAUUGACGAGCUGGAUCAAAGGCAUUGAAGACAUGCCUAAAAGCCCAGAGGAUCCUGGUUUAUGGCUGUAUUUGACAGCGGCGUUUAUAUUGGUGAUCUCUGGAGGGGCAUUCGCUGGGUUGACAAUUGCUUUGAUGGGACAAGACGGAAUAUAUCUACAAGUCAUUGCCACCUCCGGAGAGGGCAAGGAGCAAAAACAUGCACAGAGAGUGUUCAAACUUCUGAAACGAGGGAAGCACUGGGUUUUGGUGACACUCUUGUUAGCCAAUGUCAUCGUCAACGAAACUCUGCCCAUCGUGCUCGAUCGAUCGCUCGGUGGCGGAUGGCCAGCCGUUCUUGGAAGCACAGCUUUAAUCGUUAUAUUUGGCGAAGUUAUUCCGCAGUCAAUCUGUGUCAGAUACGGGUUGCAGAUUGGCUCAGUUAUGUCGCCUUUCGUGCUAGUUCUCAUGUACCUCCUUGCACCAAUUGCAUGGCCUACCGCAAAACUCCUCGACCACCUUCUCGGCGAACAUCAUGGCACUGUCUACAAGAAGUCCGGACUGAAGACUUUAGUCACGCUGCAUAAGACUCUUGGGUCAACUCCAGGUGACAGGUUGAACCAGGACGAAGUGACUAUAAUAAGUGCUGUGCUAGACCUCAAGGACAAGGCCGUGGGAGACAUCAUGACGCCCAUGGGGGAUGUGUUUACAAUGUCUGUGGAUACUGUCCUCGACGAAGAAACCAUGGACGCUAUCCUCACCGCAGGAUACUCGCGCAUUCCCAUCUACGAACCUGGAAACGAGAAUAACUUUAUAGGCAUGCUCCUUGUUAAGAUGCUGAUUACUUACGACCCAGAGGAUUGCAAGAAAGUCGGCGAGUUUGCUCUAGCAACAUUGCCAGAGACAAGCCCAGAAACCAGCUGUCUCGAUAUUGUGAACUUCUUCCAAGAAGGAAAGUCACAUAUGGUAUUGGUAUCCGAAUAUCCAGGUGAAGACCAUGGCGCCAUUGGUGUUGUCACACUCGAGGAUGUCAUUGAGGAACUGAUUGGAGAAGAAAUUAUUGAUGAAUCCGACGUUUACAUUGAUGUCCACAAAGCCAUCAGACGUCUUGCACCAGCACCUACUUACAGACGGGCAGCCAGAGGCCAAGUCGUAGCUGACAGCGAUAUUCCAAAACUACAAAGUCUCCAGGGCUCCCCGGUUGUUGGUGCAGACGAAAAUUCCAAAGGUAGCAGUUCAGGGCGGCGCCAACUGUCCCUAGAUGGCAAGGCUCCAGGUCAAAGCCCCGUUACCUUUGGCACUAGCCCUAAGGCUACCUUCAUGAUCAGACGCAGUUCUGCUGCUGCUGAUGGCGGUUCGGUUACAGUUCGUGGAAAUGCCACAGACAUGCGCGAACACCUCAAACACCUCGGCCCAUCAAACCUUGCCAGCCGCCCAAAGACAACACGCUACAGUACCGUGAAAAUCAAGCCCGGCCUUGUUAAGGAUACCAAAGACCAUCCCACUUCAGUUCAUGAAGAUCUUGUUGUAUUUGAAGAUGACUCAGAGAUGUACUCUGCCCCAUAUGGAGGUGAAGGAGAGGGUCUAUUACAAAGUGCUGGGAGACCUGCUUCGGACGGCGUGCUCGCGUUGCAGCAAGGGUAUGGUAGCAUUGAUCAUGGCCCAACUCAUCGGACUUCAAGUCCACUCUGGGCUCACAAAUUGCAACAGGCCGAUAUUAAUGAGCCUGAUAAGUCACAAUCCACGGAGGGCCUUCCUUCAAAGGGAUCCCCACCCCGACGCCCUGAACUUCAUGAAUCCGAUAGUGGUGGCACCAUCUCUAGUUUACGUUCCGGGCUUGCAAGCCCAGCACCAAGAAAACGAGGAACUGCGCGGAGCGGCAGUAUCACUGAGAAUAUAGGGGUUAGGAAGGUUGUGCUACAAACGACCAGCUCCAGCGAUGGAGACGACGCAUUAUAUUCGCAACAUGACGAAGACGGAGCUAAGAACACAAGGGAAACCAACGUGCAGCUGGUCGAACCACAACCAGCUGAAGAAGCGGCAAGCGACGGGCAAGCUGAAGUCGAUGACGUGAAGAAAAAGACAAAAAGAAGGCGCAAGCGGAAGAACCACAAAGAUGCGGACGGAGAUGGACCAAGCCAGGAUGCUUGAAAUGUAAAUUGAAGAAGUCAAUUUAUGCGACAGGAUAUUUGUAAAUUACGGAUAGGGACUCGUGGCGCAAGUGCCUGCUUGAUGCGGCGAAAUAUUUGUUUGUCAUAUUUCAGUCGGUAAGCUGGAUGGUCUGCGUUCUGGUCAUGGCCAUUCACAUGAUAUUAUUGUUGCAAAGAUACCAUUCUCUCGAAGAAUUCAUUGUAUAAGGAUGUAAAAGAAAAUAUAAAAAACUUACAUUUAGAGA